AAUGAUUUUAUAGUCAGUUGGUUGAUUCUUAUAAAGCCUACUGUCAUGCCUUUGAUGCCGUGUUUGAUGUUUUGGCAGCCCCUGGUUAGAAGGCAGCAAGCCGCCCUCAGCAGGCAGCUCAGCAAUGAGUUGGAGAGGAUCAACGAGCGUCUAAAGCAAAAGCAAUCAAUAGAGAAGACGGAUGACAAGCACAAACUGGAGGUAGCUGUCGAGUUAUUUAGGGUUCAGGAGCAGCUUGCGAGACUCCAGAGCAGGCUGGAGGAGCGUCAUCAAAACAAGGCACAGGCUGAAGCCAAACAUCGGCAGAUCCAGGAUCAACUGGGGGUGGUGAAGAGCCAGUAUUCUAGUACCACCAACCAGAACAAGAAAGCCAAAUCUAACAUGUCCCAGCUACAGUCGGAGAUAGACAACCUGAUGCAGCAUCUCGUCUUCGCACAAGGAGUCAGUGAGGAUCUGCGCUCUCAUGUGAAAGCUUUGAAGAAUGCCAAACACAAAGCGGGAGCUGAGAAGACCCAGGCUGAAGAACAGAAAUUAAAGCAGGAUAUUUAUGUUGAGCGUCUAAUGAAGGAUCUGGAGAGGCUGACGCAGCAGGUAGCCAUGUAUGAGACCCAGGCGAGUGCCCAAGCAGAAGAGACACAGGCAGCCAAAGAAGCUCUAGCUGAGGCGGAGAUGGAAGUGGAGUCUCUGGCAAUGGCUCGUAGGCAGCUGAUGCAGCAGUGGAGCAGCAGCUUGAUGGGGAUGAGGAGACGAGAUGAGGCCUUCAGCGCAAUGCAGGACGCCACGCGUGCUGUUGCGCACCAGGGGAUUUUGCUGGACAGAGAGAUUGAAGGAUACAAGAAAUCUGUCGCUGAGGAGCAGGAGCAAAAUGAGACACUAACUAUGCAGCUCAACUGGUCCCAGAUGGAUGGUAACACCUCAAAGAAGCAGAUCAGCCAGAAGCAGGCCCAGCAAGAGGCUUUGCAUGCUCACUACACAACCUGCCUUCGCACUCUAAGGGAGACUGAGCGCACUCUCAGCAGGCUGACUAAGGAAACGGGCAUCCACCAGGUUGAAGUGAACGAUCAGAGGAAGCACUUGGAGAAAGAGAGUGCUGUGCGCCUAGAGUUGGAGGACAAGAUUAUGACCAAUAUGCAGCAGAAGCUCACCCACAACAAGGCGGCCAAAUACUCCGAAAGGCUCACCAGCAAGAUAGCCUUGCUUAAGAAGGAAAAGGUCUCUCAGUUGUGGCAGCUGGAGAACAAUAUAGCAGUGGUGGAACUGGAGAGGAGCAAGGUCAUUCAACAUCUGGAAAGCCUGGCUGUCAUCCAGGAAGCCCUCGAUGAAGAAAUCUCAAAGAAAAACAAGAUAACAACAACCAUCCAGGCCAACAUUUCUUCUUUUGUCACACUAAUUGCGCAGAAGCAAUCCAGCAUAGCAAACUAUGACAAAAAAAUCGGUCAAAUCGUCGCCAGCACUGGGCGUGAUGACCUUAGUCCGAUGCAAAUCAAGAUAGAGGCAUUGAUGUCACAGUCUGCAGAAGUGACUGCAACUAUGGAGAGUGUCAAAAAGCUCUGGAUGAAACGUCAGGAGAUACUGGAAGAGCAGAGCCAGGAAAUAGAAGCCAACAGCAAGGACAUGUUCAAACUGCAGAAAGAGUACACAGGCAUGCAGAAGGAAAGGAUAUGCCUGGAGAGUCAGGUGGAAGUAGAGCAUCGUGACAAGAUGGAGCUGGAGAAGAAUGCAAAGACGCUGAGAGGCGACCUGCUGAAGCUCAACACUCUGAUCAGCAAGAACGGACAGCUCAGUGUUGCACUAGAGCAGGACAAUGAACUGAUGGAGACAGACUUCCUGCACAGACUCAAGGAGGCUGAGCGGGAUUCUAUCAAGAUGCAGAUGAAACACGAGAAGACCCAGGAGGAAAAAGAGAGACUCCUUAACAGUCUGCUAGAGGCCCAGCAGCAGAUUAUGCUGUGGGAGAAGAAGAUCCAGCUUGUAAAAGAGACACGUUCUGCCGUGGACAUAGAUUUGGGUCAGGGAGACUUCCAGAUGAUGAAGACUGAGAUACACCGUAUGGAGGUACGACUCAACCAGCUGAUGAAGCAGCAGGAGCGACUGCUCAGAGAAAGUGAAGCGACAGUGGCAAGGAGGGAGACCAUUGUGCUGCGCAGGGAGGCCAUGGUCCACACUUCCAUCAAACAGAAUACAAAAGGCGAACUAAACCGAGCGAUACAGUGCCUGCAGCGCAAGAUCCAGGACACACACAAGGAGAGUCGGGUGAUUCUGAGUGACAAGCUGGCACAGCAGAAGCAGCAGCUGGUAGAUGUCUGCAGCUUCAGCUACAUUCUGGAGCCUGACUUUGUAAAUCUUCAGGACACCAAAGACAGU